AUGACUACAUACAACUGGCAAGUGUGGGCCAUUUACAUGUUCUUAGCUGUGAACCUCUCUGAAGAGCAAGUGCUGCAGCAGGCUUGUCCUUCAUGCGAUGCCACUCAGAUUUGCAACUGCUCUUCCAUGGAUUUGGACUUCAUUCCCACGGGGCUCACAGCCAAAAUCACGGUGUUAAACUUGGCCCACAACAGGAUCAAGCACAUCCGAUCCCAGGACCUGCAGCAGGCUGUGAACCUGAGAGCCCUGCUGCUGCAGUCCAACAAAAUCAGCUCAAUGGACAAGGACUCGUUUCGCUCCCUCGGGAAACUGGAGCUCUUGGACUUAUCAAAUAACAGCUUGACUCACUUGUCCCCUGCGUGGUUUGGGCACCUUUUUUCGCUCCAGCACCUCCACCUUCAAGGCAAUUCCUACAGAGACCUGGGGGAAAGCUCCCCCUUUUCUAGCCUGAGAAACCUGAGCUCUCUCCACCUGGGCAACCCGCAGUUCUCCACGAUAAGGCAAGGGAACUUUGAGGGCAUUGAGCUUCUCGACAAGUUGUGGAUUGAUGGUGGCAAUCUCAUUCAGUACGAGCCGGGAAGUUUGAAACUGAUUAAGAAGGUAAACCACAUGAUCAUAAACAUAAGAAAUACUAGUGUAUUCUCUACAAUUGUCAGGGACCUUCUCCACUCCGUUGUUUGGUUAGAAGUGAGAGAAAUAGAGUUCAGAGUACCUGCUGAAAUGCAGCUAUUGAGACCCAUGUCGUCUUCUUUUGCAAAUAAAGUUUCCUUUAAACAGACCUUAUUAACAGAUGCUACUGUGCCUGAGAUUGUCAGCAUUUUAGAAGACAUGCCUAAAUUAGUGGAGGUGGAGAUGACAGCCUGUAGACUCUUGGGAACUGGACAAUGGAAAACACAAAUGCAAGCAAACCAAUCACAGACUCUUAGAGUUCUGACAAUAGAGAAAUUAUCUAUAGAAAAAUUUUAUUUGUUUACAGAUCUUCAGUCUGUGGAGGGUCUACUAUCUCUUCUUACCAAAGUCACAGUUGAAAACACCAAGGUCUUUUUGGUACCAUGCAGCCUUUCACGACAUCUUCUGUCAUUAGAAUAUCUUGACCUUAGUGCGAAUUUGCUCGGAGACCAGAGUUUGGAACAUUCGGCCUGUCAGGGUGGUUGGCCCUCACUACAAAUUCUAAAUUUAAGUCAGAAUUCACUGAGUGACUUUGAAAUGACGGCUAAAAGUUUGUCUCACCUAAGAAACCUAAUUCUCUUAGACAUUAGCCAAAAUAAUUUUGGUGCUAUUCCAGAUGCAUGUGAAUGGCCAAAAACCCUGAAAUAUUUAAACCUUUCCAGCACUCAGAUUCCUAAACUAACAACUUGCAUUCCCCUGACGCUGGAAGUUUUGGACGUCAGCUCUAACAACCUGAAGGAGUUUGGACUGCAGCUCCCAUUUCUCAGAGAGCUGUACCUUGCAAAAAACCAGCUGAAGACCUUGCCUGGUGCCGCACCCAUUCCUAACCUCGUGGCCAUGUCAGUCAGAAGAAACAAGCUCAACAGUUUCUCCAGGGAAGAGUUUGAGUCCUUCAAGAAGAUGGAGCUGCUGGAUGCCAGCGACAACAACUACAUCUGCUCCUGUGAAUUCCUCUCCUUCGUCCACCACCAGGCUGUCCUCCCCGUCCUCGUGGCCGUCGGCUACAAGUACCACGCGGUCUGGUACAUGAGAAUGACGUGGGCAUGGCUGCAAGCCAAGCGGAAGCCCAAGCGAGCCCCCGCAAAGGACAUCUGCUAUGACGCCUUUGUCUCCUACAGCGAGAACGAUUCUGACUGGGUGGAAAACAUAAUGGUGCGGGAGCUGGAGCAGGCCUGCCCCCCCUUUCGGCUCUGCCUCCAUAAGCGGGACUUUGUGCCCGGGAAGUGGAUCGUGGACAACAUCAUUGACUCCAUGGAGAAGAGCCACAAAACGCUCUUUGUGCUGUCCGAGCACUUUGUGCGGAGCGAGUGGUGCAAAUACGAGCUGGACUUCUCGCACUUCCGCCUCUUUGACGAGAACAACGAUGCGGCGAUUCUCAUCCUCCUGGAGCCCAUCCAGAGCAAAGCGAUUCCCAAGAGGUUCUGCAAGCUGCGGAAGAUCAUGAACACAAAGACCUACCUGGAGUGGCCUCUUGAAGAAGAGCAGCAGGAGAUGUUUUGGUUUAAUUUGAAAAUAGCUCUAAAAUCCUAG